GUUCACAGCGCGAUAAUAAUAUAACCCGGAGUUUCGACGGAGUUCUGACGUUGCCGACUGCUACUGACACUACAGAGAUCUCCGGAGGUGUAAUUAGGCAAAAAUGUUCAACAACAGUGUAUCGAUUCCGGUGACGGACGACCUGCCGGAUGAAUUCGGCGGCAAGAUGCGGUCCAGACCACGAAGAAAGCGCAGAAAAUCGGAGUUCCGAGGAAAAAGCGAGUUAGCUAACCGAACUUGCAAGCAGCUAACGAGAUGGUGGCCGGUUUUGCUAUUUGUUGCAGCAGUGUUACUUCUUGUUUUUGAGGCUUCGAAACUUGGCUGGAGAUCGAGUACGAUCAAAUCGGACCUUGAUACUCGUGAAAAGAAACCUAAUGUAGUAGUAUCCCCGGUUAAGAAAUCGGAGGGGAACUUGAAUCGUCUAGACGCUCCACGUUGCUUGAAGCUCCUACCUCCUGAAGAACUUGAGCAUCUGGAUUUCCCUCAUGAUAAAGAUUCAUUUGUUCCUAUCAAGAAAGUAGUAUAUAUCUCAGAGAAUGACAUUGAAACACCUUUUGAUAAAAAUUCUCAACAGGAGAUGGGGAUCAUCACAAGGUUUAACCAAUUUACUGGUUACCAAACCCUAAAUCAGAGAGAUCAAAGUUUCAAGGUGAAUGAAACUGCAUGUGUACACUGUGGUUUCUACAGUGAGGUUGGAGGUUUUACAAUCUCAAAAGAAGACAAAAGUUUCAUGUAUUCAUGCAAAAGUGUAGUUUCCACUUGCACAUUUGGUGGUGGAGAUGAUCUUUAUCAACCAAUUGGAAUGUCAGAUGCCUCACUUCAAAAGGUCUGCUAUGUAGCAUUUUGGGACGAAACUACCCUUGCAACACAGGAAGCACAAGGACAUGUAUUUAAUAAAGAUGGUUUUAUUGGGAAAUGGCGGAUUGUGAUUGUUAGAAAUCUCCCCUUCAGAGAUCAGAGAUUAAAUGGAAAAAUCCCAAAGAUGUUGGCACAUCGUCUGUUUCCUAACGCAAGAUAUUCAAUAUGGGUAGAUUCAAAAUCCCAAUUUAGGAGAGAUCCAUUAGGGGUAUUUGAGUCACUUUUAUGGCGUUCAAAAUCUGUGUUUGCAAUUUCUGAACAUGGGGCCCGCAGUAGCGUGUAUGAUGAGGCAAAAGCUGUUGUCAAAAAAAACAAAGCCACCCCUGAAGAAGUGGAAAUACAAAUUACCCAAUAUAUCCUUGAUGGCCUCCCUCAAGAUAAAAGAUUUAAUGGCAAGAAAGCUUUAAAUGAGGCGUCUGUGAUUGUAAGAGAGCAUACUUCAGUGACUAAUUUAUUUAUGUGUCUUUGGUUCAAUGAGGUGGUUCGAUUUACUUCGCGUGAUCAGCUUAGUUUCCCAUAUGUUCUUUGGAGAGUAAAAGUGUUGAAAAAUAUAAAUAUGUUUCCGGUUUGUAUACGUAAAGAUCUUGUGAAUAGCAUGGGGCAUUUACGUAAGGCCAAGCCUUUAGGUGGUUGAUGCAAGUUAUUGUUUUUUGUUGAACACACGUGUGAAAUAGCUGUUUUUGCUUUUAGUAUUUAUUAUUAUUAUUAUUAUUAUUAUUUGUAAACUAUGAAUAGUUGGUAUAUCUUUUGCUAU